CAUUGCGCCGCGACCACCGUCAAACUGCCACUUACUUUGUGCUCACAGGUGAUGCUGAAGUCUCUCUGGUGGCGUUGCUUUCUGCGUAGAUCAUAAACACGAGCCGCUACAACCCUUUAAACCACUUGUCAGCGACAUUAGGAGACACAGGAAGUGUAUGUCAGGUGAGAGGUGUCACAUGUGGACGUCAGCUGUGCGGCAAUAAAUACGAACUCCUGUCACUGGCAAACAUGGCUCAUCUCACAUCGCUUUUCAAGUAUGUGGACGAACACCAGGAUCUGUAUGUGAAGCGCCUCGCAGACUGGGUGGAGGUCCAGAGUGUGUCUGCUUGGCCAGAGAAGCGUGGCGAGAUCAAGAAGAUGAUGGAGAUGGCAGCCAAGGACAUUGAGAGGCUGGGGGGAACCGUGGAGAUGGUGGAUAUUGGCAAACAGAAGCUACCCUCUGGAGAAGAGAUCCCCCUGCCACCUAUCGUCUUGGGUCGGUUGGGGUCAGACCCCGGCAAGAAGACUGUGUGCAUUUACGGCCAUCUUGAUGUCCAGCCAGCCAACAUAGAUGAUGGCUGGGACACAGAGCCUUUCACUCUGGUGGAGAAAGAUGGUAAGCUCUAUGGAAGAGGUUCCACUGAUGACAAGGGUCCCGUUUUGGCCUGGUUCAACUGCAUUGAGGCCUACCAGAAGAUCCAGCAGGAGCUUCCCAUCAACAUCAAAUUCUGCUUCGAGGGCAUGGAGGAGUCUGGCUCGGAGGGCCUGGAUGAACUGGUGUUUGCUCGUAAAGACACUUUCUUAAAAGACGUCGACUAUGUCUGCAUCUCUGACAACUAUUGGCUGGGCAAAACCAAACCCUGCAUCACCUACGGACUGAGAGGAAUCUGCUACUUCUUCAUGGAGGUGGAGUGCGGCUGCAAAGACCUGCACUCAGGAGUGUUUGGCGGCUCUGUCCAUGAAGCCAUGACCGACCUGAUUGCACUUAUGGGCUCCCUGGUAGACAAAAGGGGGAAGAUUUUGGUUCCUGGCAUGUACGAUGAUGUGGCCCCUCUGACAGAUGAGGAGAAAAAGCUGUAUGAGAAUAUUGAAUUUGACCUGGAUGAGUACUGCAGAGACGUUGGAGUUGGACAGCUGCUUCAUGACAGCAAGGAACAAAUCCUAAUGCACCGCUGGAGAUACCCAUCUCUUUCUCUUCAUGGGAUUGAGGGAGCUUUUGCAGAAGCCGGAGCCAAGACUGUGAUCCCCCGCAAGGUCAUUGGCAAGUUCUCCAUCCGCCUCGUCCCUGACAUGGACCCCAAAGUUGUGGAGAAGCAGGUUUUGGAUUACCUGCAGAAGAAGUUUGCUGAACUGGGAAGCCCCAACAAACUGAAAGUGAGCAUGGGCCACGGAGCCAAGGCCUGGGUGUCUGACUUCAACCACCCGCACUACAUGGCUGGUCGGAAGGCCAUGAAGACAGUCUUCGGUGUGGAGCCUGACCUCACUCGUGAGGGUGGAAGCAUCCCCGUCACCCUGACCUUCCAGGAAGCCACAGGACGUAACGUCAUGCUGCUCCCCGUAGGAUCCUCUGAUGAUGGAGCUCACUCCCAGAAUGAGAAGAUCAACAGGUCCAACUACAUUCAGGGGAUCAAGAUGCUCGGUGCAUACUUCCACGAGGUUUCCCAGCUGGAAUGAAUUGAUUUCUCAUCAUGAAAAAUGUAAAAUGUAUAAUAACAUGAUACGUCUUCUCACUCUCUGAGCCACAGUUGUAUGAUUUACUCUCCACAGUUAAUAAUUUUAUACACACUUCCUCGUAAUAAUAAAAGCGGUUUUCUUUGUUA